GACUGUGUGUACGUACAAUUUCCCCCCGUUUUUACCUCAGAGAAACAUACCGGGUGGAAACGUCGUGGAAAUGGACAGCUGUGGAAUGGAUAUACAAGUGACGAAGUGCCGCAGGGAGAACAGAGUGUCUGGAUCCUGAAAAACAGUCUGGUUCCUGCAUAAAGCACUACCCACCCAAGUGACUCUUUGCCUGUGUCAUGGCGGCGAGGCCUGCCCUUUCGUUCCUAUUGGCUGUGCUGGCAUGCACUGGGCCGGCCCAGCCCUCCCCCCCACUGCUGCUCCGCCCCCGGGAGAGAGAGAGGGACUCGGGAGGGGCUUCGGGCGGAGUCAACAUCGCUGUGGUUCACUCCGGCUCCUCCCACCUCCCGGAAACGAGCGCCGGGGUGGGGGGCGUGGGCGGUGCCUCUUCGGCGGGCUCUGGUUCCGGUGCCGGGCCAAGCAGCAACAGCGGCAGCUCUGGGACAGCCUUUCUGAGUCGGGCCUGGUCAGGACAGGUGGGCGAGAGUGUGAUGACACCGUGGGGUCCCGCCAAUGUGAUAUGGCUGGCUGUCAAUGAGAGCAGCCCCGGGAGCCUCUUGUUACAAUUGUGUGAGUUACUAGCUACCACUCCACUACAAGGCCUUGUGUUUGAGGAAGAAAAGCCACCACCACCUAACCGGGCACCAUUAGCACCUAUGCUGGAAUUUGUCUCUGCCCAGACAGGAGUGCCUGUGAUUGCUGUGGGAGGAGGGGCUGGCCUGGGGAGGGAGCCACAGGAAAGUGGCUCCGUCUACCUGCAGUUUUCAUGCUCCACUGGCCUGCAGCUGGAAGUCAUUUUUGAGGUUCUGGAGGAGUUUGAUUGGACUGCGUUUUCAGUGGUCUUCACGCGCCACCAUGGCUAUGAGGAUUUCCUGGCCAUGGUAGAGGGCAUGAUAGAUGGAUCCUUCAUCGGCUGGGAAAGAAAGAGCGUGGUGAUGCUCAACCUGACCGAUGACCCGGGAGGAGCUCGUACCCGCAGGCUGCUGAAGGAGAAUGAAGCUCAGGUGCGACUCCUCUAUUGCUCACAAGAAGAGGCUGAGCAAAUUUUUAAGGCUGCGUGGGCAUCAGGACAGGCUACUCCUUCACAUAUGUGGUUUGCAGUGGGCCCUGGUCUUUCAGGACUUGGUCUUGAAGGUUUGCCCAAGGCUCUGUUUGCUGUGCGACCCCAAGGAUGGAGGGACGAGCCACGACGGCGAAUCGCAAAGGGUGUGUCAGUACUGACGCACGGUGCUAUGGCUUUACGCCGUGAGUACGGUGGGGCUCGUGGGACAAGUUUCGCAGGGAAUUGUAUGAUGGAUGGAAAUCAAACUCAGAGGGUGCCAGACAGAAUCAGGUUCUUCAGCAACAUAACUCUAUCCGGACGGGACUAUUCCUUUAAUAAUGACGGUUAUCUGGCCAAUCCGCUCCUGGAUGUGAUCUCCUACACCGCAGGAAGAGGCUGGGAGGAGGUAGGUUGGUGGGAGAACGGAGUGCUGCGCUUGCGUUACCCGCCAUGGUCUCGAUACGGGCCGUUUCUCAAACCCCUGGAUGAUUCACAACACUUGCGUGUGGUUACUCUGGAGGAGAGGCCGUUUGUCAUCGUGGAACCCGCUGAUCCUGGAACAGGCUCCUGCAUCAGAGACUCAGUGCCGUGCCGACUGCCGCUCAACAACAGGUCAAGGUUCAGUCUGUGGAUUUUUCGACUGGAAAUGUUCAACCUUUGGGGUUAUCACUUUGCCAAAUGUGGCAGUGAAUAUGCAGAUGUUGCAAAUUACAUUCCCAUUAGCUUUGGGGCAUUCAUUCCCCGUCCUGUCACUAGCGCUGAUGGGAUUUAA